UGUGUGUAUUAAGAGAAGUGUCGAAAUUAUACAGUAAAAGGUUGAUUAUGAAUUUUAUAAUCCUUUUGCGUAGAAAAACAAGACGAAGUUGAAGAUGGAAAGUUGGUAGAAAACAAAGCCAGUACAGAACAGAAGCCACUAUUCAAAUCUAAACAACACAGUUGUUGUUUAGAUAAUUACUAACAACACCACCCCAUUUUCCUCGACCCUAUCAACAUGUUUCCCCGCCAAUGCAGCAACGACCACCGCCUGCGAGCUUGCUCCGCCGCCAUCGCCGCCGUCGCCACCAUCCUCCUCCUAUUGCCGGCGUCAACUUCCCAAGCUCAGAUUUUGAAAACGGAGAGCCACAUGUUCGGCCCCUUCUACGACAACCAGUCCUACUCCAACACCUUCUCGCUCCUCUCCAGCGCCGCCGUCCACCUCGGCGCCAUCCAAGUCACCCCCGACAGCGCCGGCGACGUGGUCCUCACCAACCGCUCCGGCAGAGUCCUCUUCAAGAACCCCUUCACUCUCUGGAACGACCGCGCCACCCAGCUCGUCUCCUUCAACACCUCCUUCCUCGUGAACGUGUACCGCCCCAAGAACAACGACACUCCCGGCGAGGGCAUCGCGUUCCUCAUCGCGCCGUCGCUCUUCUCCGCCCCGCUCAACAGCCACGGCCAGUUCCUCGGCCUCACCAACGCCUCCACCGACGGCAACGCCACCAACCAAAUCCUCGCCGUCGAACUCGACACCGUCAAGCAGGAGUUCGACCCCGACGACAACCAUAUCGGUCUCGACGUUAACGGCGUGAGGUCCAACGUCGCCGUCCCCCUCACCCCCUUGGGCUUCCAGAUCGCGCCCAAUGGCACGCGCUUCCACGUCGUCUGGGUCCAAUACGACGGCCGCCGGAAACAAAUCCACGUGUACAUCGCGGAGCAGAGUGACAAAGACGCGCCUAUCGUGGCGAAACCGGCUCAGCCGGUCUUGAAUUCGAGUCUCGAUCUAACGCAAGUGCUGAACCGGGUUUCUUACUUUGGGUUCUCCGCUUCGACCGGUGAGAACGUUGAGUUGAACUGCGUGCUGAGGUGGAACAUUUCGAUUGAGGUUUUUCCAGACAAGGGUGGGAUUGGAAAUGCGCUGAAGAUUGGGUUGGGUGUGGGGAUUCCUACUCUGGUUCUUAUUGUUGCGUGUUUUGUUGGCUGGGUUUUGUGGCUGCGAAGGAAGAAUAAGGAAAGUGAGAGUAACAUUUUGGGGACUCUCAAGACUUUACCUGGAACUCCCAGAGAGUUCAGGUUUCAGGAACUGAAGAAAGCCACUAAUAAUUUCGACGACAAGCUCAAGCUUGGACAGGGUGGAUACGGUGUCGUUUAUCGUGGCACUCUUCCCAAGGAGAAGUUGGAAGUCGCGGUUAAGAUGUUCUCCAGAGAUAAGAUGAAAAGUGCUGAUGAUUUCUUGGCGGAACUCACCAUUAUCAAUCGCCUCCGUCACAAGAACCUUGUUCGCUUACUAGGAUGGUGUCACAAAAACGGGGUGUUGCUCUUAGUGUACGAUUACAUGCCAAAUGGAAGCUUAGACAACCACAUAUUCUGCGAGGAAGGGAGCAGCAGCAGCAGCAGCACGCCACUAAGUUGGCAUCUAAGGUACAAGAUCAUAACAGGUGUGGCUUCAGCAUUGAACUACCUCCACAACGAGUACGAUCAGAAAGUGGUCCACAGAGACCUGAAAGCCAGCAACAUCAUGCUGGACUCAGACUUCAAUGCUCGUUUGGGCGACUUCGGCUUGGCUCGAGCACUGGAGAAUGACAAAACAUCGUACGCAGAGUUAGAAGGAGUGCAUGGCACAAUGGGGUACAUUGCACCCGAGUGCUUCCACACGGGCAGAGCCACACGUGAGUCAGAUGUUUACGGGUUCGGAGCAGUGCUCCUUGAGGUGGUGUGUGGUCAAAGACCAUGGACAAAGAACGAGGGCUAUGAGUGCUUGGUGGAUUGGGUGUGGCACCUGCAUCGCGAGCAAAGGAUACUGGAUGCAGUGGAUCCCAGACUUGGGAAUGAGUGUGUGGUGGAAGAGGCAGAGAGGGUUCUGAAACUAGGACUAGCAUGCUCUCACCCUGUUGCGAGUGAGAGGCCUAAGAUGCAAAGCAUUGUUCAGAUACUAUCUGGGUCAGUGCAUGUGCCUCAUGUGCCACCUUUCAAGCCAGCGUUCGUGUGGCCAGCGGUGGAUCUUUCAAGCCUUGCAAGUGACCUUACGGCUUCCACUACAACUACUGAGUACACUCCCAUGAACAGUAACACACAUUCUAUACGUGUUGAAUUCUCUGAUACCAGUUCUCCCGUCUCAACUAAACACACCAUGCAUUAAUUAUUCCCUACUCCUGUCUCUAUGUUGCUCACACCUAGCUCACCCAUUCCACGUCGUUCAAUUAUGAAGAUAAUUUCUUCCAACUUCAUUUAAUGUAUCAGGUAUAGAUAUUCCCUUCUACUUUAUUUUUUCUUCCUCUAAUUUUUAUUGGAAAGGAAUGAAAUCGGGGUGCAUCUUUGUAAAUUUUGAUUUAACAAGAUAUUUUUUGUAA